ACUCCAUUUUUGUCCCUCUCUUCUCUUUCUUUACCUAUUCUCUCCCGUCUCAAACAUUUUCUCCUCCAUCUCUCGUCAGAUUCAAGAUAUAACUCAUUGAGCAAAGUAGCUUAUAAAAUUUGCUCAACAUUUAUUAGCUCAUCAAACAGAACUACUUAAUUAGCUAGCUAGCAGUAUGGGAAGAGCACCUUGUUGUGACAAGAAUGGUCUCAAGAAAGGGCCAUGGACAACCGAGGAGGACCAGAAACUCAUUGAUUACAUUCAGAAAAAUGGAUAUGGCAAUUGGAGGACACUCCCAAAGAAUGCUGGGUUGCAAAGAUGUGGAAAGAGUUGCCGUCUCCGUUGGACAAACUAUCUCCGGCCAGAUAUAAAGCGAGGUCGGUUUUCAUUUGAGGAGGAAGAGACAAUAAUUCAACUACAUAGCAUUCUUGGAAACAAGUGGUCUGCGAUUGCAUCUCGCUUACCAGGAAGAACAGACAAUGAAAUAAAGAACUAUUGGAACACUCACAUUAGAAAAAGGCUUCUGAGAAUGGGAAUUGACCCUGUGACACACAGUCCUCGACUUGAUCUAUUGGACAUCAAUUCCAUUCUAAACGCAUCUUUCUAUGGUUCAUCACAAAUCAACAUCCAAAGGCUCCUUGGCAUGCACCAGUACAUGGUGAACCCUGAGCUUUUAAAAUUGGCUUCUUCACUCUUCUCCACCUCACAGCAGCAACACAAUGACCCUGAUGACAUGCCUGCUCAAAAAGGUCAAUUACAGAACCAGCUUUGUGAUCCUCAAAUUCAGAAUCAUGUUCCACACUUUGCCCAAUUUCAAGAUCCGGUUCAAGAGGUGCCUGCAUGCAGCACCAUGUUCAGCACCCCUUGUGUUUCAAUUCCUCUAACUCAACCACAGUUGGUUGAGCCAAAUAAUGUGGACCAGUAUCCAUCGUCAACUUUCACAGACUUCAGUUACCAACAACUAAGUGAUUGGCAACUAUCAAGCUUAACAGAUGAUUAUGUCCCUCAAUUAUCAAGCUAUAAUUAUUAUAGUUCUGAUGGUCAAAAUCUCAUGUAUGAUCCAUUGUCCGAGCCUUCAAAUUUUCAUUCCAAUAACAGCAAUCAGAACUUCAGGUUCGCUUCAGUUCUAUCGACACCUUCGUCAAGCCCUACACCGCUGAAUUCGAACUCCACGAUAAUCAAUGGGAGCAACACAGAAGACGAGAGAGAUCAAAGCUAUGACAGUAGUAACAUGUUGAAAUUUGAAAUCCCAGAUAUUUUAGAUGUGAAUGAGUUCAUGUAAUUAAUGUGAUCAGACAGAUCUUCAACGAUCAAAUCAACCGAAACGUUGAUUGAUUAUAUCACAUGCAUGUCUCCCAAUUGUUUUUCUGGGAUAGCUUCAUUAUGGAUCCAUGGUGUUGAUAACUGUAACAUUUCCUAAUUAAUUUUCAUUAUUGAUUGAUUGUUUAAAUUUCUUAAUUAAUUGAGCUAUGACUUUAUUAGCAAGUACCAA